AUCAUCUUUCGGUGAUUGGCCGGCGCGGGCUGUCAGUCAGGCGAUGUCACAAUCAAUGGGCGGGCAGACAGGCGGGUGUUACGGAGCGGGCGCUGGAACUGUUAGUUUUUGACUUUGGUCCAAAUCACGGGUUGCAAUGACUACUUUGGACGAUAAAAUCCUUGGAGAGAAGCUCCAGUACUAUUAUAGUAGCAGUGAGGAUGAAGACAGCGACCGUGAUGACACUAACCAAAAAACCAUCAAGAAUCCUGGGAUUUCUGUGGGUGCAGAGGUCCGAGAGCGCAGUGCUAUCAACACAGGACCUAAAGGAGUAAUAAACGACUGGCGCCGUUUCAAACAGCUUGAAACAGAACAGCGUGUAGAGCAGCGUCGGGAGAUGCGAAGACUCAUCAAGAAACUCUCGAUGAGUUGUAGGUCUCACCUGGAUGAGGAGAAAGACCAGCAGAAGCAGCAAGUGCUCCAAGAGAAGAUGAAUGGAAAGAUGACAAUGAAAGAGUGUAACAUGCUACAUGAAAAGGAUGAUGAGGCGUUCUUGGAGCAGUACAGGAAGCAACGAAUGGAGGAGAUGAGGGAACAUCUGUACAGUGGCAAACGUUUUGAAGAGAUCUAUGAACUGGAGAGCUCACAGGCUUUCCUGGACACAAUCGACAAAGAGGAAAAGAAUACUCUCAUAAUGGUGCAUAUCUAUGAAGAUGACCAUCCUGGAUGUGAAGCUAUGAACGGGUGUCUGCUCUGUCUGGCUGCAGAAUAUCCAGUUGUGAAAUUCUGCAAAGUCCGCAGUUCUGUAAUUGGAGCCAGUGCACGAUUCACUGGUAAUGCUUUACCUGCUUUGCUAGUCUACAAAUGUGGAGAUUUGAUUGGCAACUUUGUGCGCAUCACUGACCAACUUGGAUAUGACUUUUUUGCAGUGGAUUUGGAGGCAUUUUUGCGUGAGUAUGGUGUACUGCCAGAAAAAGAUGUGGUGUCACCCACAUCUAUUCAGAGUGCUUCAGUGUCUCGUAGUGAUGAUAGUGAUCUGGACGUUGACUAACAUCAUGGUAUCUUCCUUAUGAUUUAAUAGUUCAGCACGGUCAGCAUUGAGGCAUAGUUUAUUUGAGAGCAAAUUAAAAACAAGUUACAGUUUUAGAAAAAUGAACAGCCAGUACCUAAUUUAUUAUGGGAUCUAGCAAGUCAUGGUAUGGCAUGUUUUUAAUCUUUACAUUAGUUCAUUCUUAGCAAAUAUACAUUAAUCAGGCCAGCAAUUUUUGUUUAGAUUAUUUUUCGCCUUUAACAUAUGGUCCUAUAGCUGUAUACUUCAUAAUUUUAACUUUUGUUAAAAUAGCAGCCCCUGCUCCCACUGACAUUAAAAAUGUUACUGAUAGCAGAACAACUUGAAUCAUUCCAAUAUGUUUAUUGUAGAAAAUAUUUACUUCGGAGUGGUUCCAAAACGUAGUUGGAAAUGUUCCUCGCAACAAAAUUCUUAAGUCAAGCUAUGCAUUUGAUGAAGCUAUGCUAAACAUACAGUUAGAUUUGUACUAAUGAUUGCAAAUAAUGAAGAUCUGACUGCAUGCUUAGUUUUUGGAUAACUAAAUAUAUCUACUGCGAUAGGUAUACUGUAGCACUGUAUAUAAUUUCCUUUAUAUUCUAAAUGUUUCUCCAAAUUUCAUUUUUCUGGUAAUUUUUCUAAUUAUAAAAUCUUCUUUCCAUCUAAUUCUUCAGACUUUUAGUUCUUUGUGAUUUGUACCAGAAUCUGCAGCCACUUUUUCGAACAUGUUUUUGGAUAGCUAUUUGGUAGAUCCAGAUUCCUGUUCAUCACCUGUAAUUCUAAUUCUAAAGGCCAGCCCUGAGCAACUAAAGGGAUAACAUGAUUUCCUUUUUACUUUGAUUUUUAUUUCUACCUCCUUGUUCCCUUUGCACUUAUGUUUCCGAAGGCUUUCUUGCAAUGCUCUAAUUUGUAAUGAUUUAUUUACUUUGUGAACUGCAUAUAGAAACCAGUAGUUUAUAUCCUUCCUAAAAUUGAAAAACUGCAAGCAUUAUCUUCAUUAUAUUUAAUACAAAUUUGUAUUUAAUGCAAAAAUAGAUGCAUCUUAAUUUAUUUCUAUUAGUUAUGCUGUGAAGCAUGAUUGUUCAUGUUAACUGUCAUUAUUUGCAUGAAGUUUUAAGAAAGCACCAAAAUUACAAUAAAUGUAGUGUUGGAGUGUUAAGGUGCUUCAUUCUUGUUGUAACUACCAGAUUUUAUAGGCAAUGUUGAAGGAUUCUCGUUUUUGUGCUUAGCAUUUACAUUGUGAACAUGUCACUGUACAUCAGUUUAAAAUGUCAAAUUGAUCGAAGUUAUUGUGUAAUGUUUUAACAUUGCUGCAACUUUUGUAACAUUGCUUCUUGUGUACUGUUUUUAGUAGUUCCAUCUACAAAGGAAAAUCAACGUGCUCUUUCCAUUGUCUGCUAAUCUAAUAAAAAAAAGUGAUAUCAGA